AUUCCCCCUGAUGAGGACAAACUUCCCUGAAGAAGGGGCAGGAGACAGAGCACCUCCCUAUGGACCUCCCUUCACAUAAGUAGUAGUGUGAAGUCUGAAAUUCUCAUACCAGAGGCAGGAGAACCUGGAGAGAACCUGGAGGCAUCUGAGAGUCUGAGAGGAGCUACCAUAACUUUACAACUCCCUUAACGCACACAGCGGUACGGGGUCCCAUCCCUUACCCAAGGCAAAUCCCCAAACUCUAUUGAAACCCCAAAUCCAAGAACGAAAGGUCUUCAAAGCCACCAACACAACCCAAAAUCUGCAGCCCAUAGCCCCCAUACAUUCAGCAGGCAACCAAAGGCAUAUAUGACCUAAGCUACCCUCAAUUAUUGCCCUAAACUUUAUUCUAAGGAGGUUUCAGUACCCCCAAAUUCAUCUUCGUUUAAGGUACCACAAAACCUACUUCAAGAAGACACAGUCUACAAAAUCUCCAGCGUCUCGGAUCAAGAGCCACAAGGACCCGAGGAUUGCCCUCCAUUCUUGCCCCAGAGGUAAAAACUGUUUGUGUGUCUUUCUGUUCUCAUUUCUGUCUCAUGAAUGCCAACAUCUGCAGCAGCGCAGUAUGCAGACUUGCACCAAAGCUCUCAUAACACGAUACGCAAGGUUCUGUAGCACACAGACGUGCAGAUUUUUUUCCCUCCAUACAAAUACAUUUCACGUCGUAACCAUACAGAAUGAUCCGUAUGAUACACACCGUGAAUUAUUCGCUAAUCAAUGCACUUUAACACAUGGAAAACAGAAUUGUAAAAAUUGCUAAUAUGUAAACAAAUAUCCAACUCAAUUAUAGUCACAGCUUGGCUAUAAUUUUGUGUUCAGUUCCCAGUAAUUCACUGUCUGGUUAUUAAACCCCCUAUUCAUAUAAUAAUAAAGAACAUAUAGUUCUCUCACAUACACAGGAACUUGUAGACAAAGCUGCAUAUUAUGGUUACAAUAUUGGGACGGCGCCAUAUAUUAACCAUUUGAGUGCCACACUGGGUUCCAAAGCAAAAUGUGCUGCUCUAAGCUAACCCUUUCUUUGUAGGAUGUAAUUGUGUAAGAGAAUUGUACCGGAGAAAAGGAAAGCUGUGCUUUAGCCUUCUGCACCAAAAGGGUUAAAACCCCAUCCAGCAGUUUUUUUUAACCCCUUAGGUUGUUUGAUGCUGCCACAGUUUUGAAUUCCACAGAUCACAAUUGCAUCAUCAGUGCAACUGGAUCACCCAGUGCGGAAUUAAUUUCAUACGUCAGUUACAUCUUUUAGUGCUUUUUGCACAUGUAUGCACCAAAAGACAAACAAAUGUUACGUUUGACAAAAAAAAAAAGUGCGGAACCUUUAAAUGUAUCAAACAAAAACGCAAAUUUCCAUCACAGAAGGCGGAGCUGACGACUGAAUAUAAUGGUUUAAAUGCCCGUAGAAGAGAUAACACGUCUCGCUAAUAUAUUGCUACCCCUCCUCUCCGCUCCAUCCACUGUAAUGACGUGAGUGGCACGAUCUCUGAGAGGACACAGAGAUGGGAGUUAUUAACUUCAUUUAAAGCUAUUUUUCACCCCAUUAGAAUUCCCGGGAGAAUGAUAUUUAAUGAUCCAGAUCUUGGUUCAGUCACAUAAAGAAUGAAUAAUGAAAUUUAUAACUAACCAAAAAAAUACAACAAAAAAAACAGGACGGAAAUAUCACAACGAGAAGACGUCACACAGAGCGGGGUUACAGCAAUUCUCCCUGCUCUCCAAAACAACCGAAUAUUAUUCAUCAGGCAUUAGACUGAGAAAAUAUUAUUUUAUUUUUUUUAUCAUUGGGGGAAAAAAAUAUAUAAUUACCCUUACAGUUUAGAAAUCACAAUGUAUUUAUAUAUAUAUUUUCUACUUUUAUGAACACGCAGAAAAAAUUCUUACCAUAUCUCUUUGUACAAUCUGUCUCUCCUUUGUUAGACAACAAAAUAAAAAUUCCUUAAGAAAUUGAAUUUCUUCAAUUUUUCAAAAAGAUUAUUUAAUUAAUUUGAUUGCUAAAUUAAUGGUAAGGUCUGUGUAUUAAAACUCAAAAUACCUUAAUUUCAGAUGAUGGAUUUAAGUAAGAAUUUAAAAUGAAAUAAAAUUGAAGAUAAAGAGCAGUAAAUGGGACUUGUUCUAAACAAAAAUGUGUUGCAUUUGUUUUUGGCCGAUUACGUGUAUUGAGGCUUAUUUACUAAAUGGUGAUUUGUAGUUAAAUGAUAACCUAAUCACACAAAAUUUAGUUAAAAUAAAAAAAGAUAUGAUUUCAGCUAUUUUACCAGCCUUGAUAUGUUUAGUAUAAUAUAUAUAUAUAAUAAAUUCACAGCUUCAUUAUUUUAACCAGAAUUUUGACAUUUUUAUUGUUUUAUUAAUUAAAAAAAUUGACUCAAAUAGUCACGCUUUGAGCUCUUGUUGGAAAAAUUUCCAGACUAGCUCUGGUUGCCUAAAUGAAUGAUAAUGCGCUACGAUUGGUAGUUUAGUAAACACAUUAGGUCUAGGGUGUAUCUACUAAACUGCGAACUGACAAAAAAUGAACAAUGAAUUUCACAUUUUGGGCAAAAGAAGAUAAAUUAGAAACGUGUAUUUUGAUUUAAAGGGAUACUUUAACCACCAAAACAACUUUAGGUUAAUUAAGCAGUUUUGGUGUAUAGAUCAUGCCUCCGAAGUCUCACUGCUCAAUUCUCUUACAUUUAGGAGUUAAAUCCCUUUUGUUUCUAUUUAUGCAGCCCUAGCCACACAUCCCCUGACUGUGACUCACACUGUCUGCAUGGAAAAAAAAUAGAUUUAUCAGAGCAGUAUGUUUACUUUAAAAGUUUAUCUCCUGCUCUGUAAAUUGAACUUUAAUCACACACGUGAGGUUCCUAUAGGGUCUAGAAGGCAAUUAACUGAGCAGGGCAAACAUGAAUUCUAAAUUAAACAGACUGUGCAGUAACGGAAGUUUAAACAUUAGAUAUAUAUAAACCAUGACCACUUAAUUAAGUUAAAGUUGUUUUGGUGCGUAUAGUGUCUCUAUAAAUGGGUACUAAAGUGCCAGGAAUACAAAGCUAUAUUCCUGACACUAUCGCUCCCCCUGCCUCCUACCCUCCUUCCCCCUCCGGUAAUAAAGGGUUAAAAAAAACUUUAUUUACCUAUCUUAUCCCAGCGCCGAUGUUCUUUGGCGCUAGGUCGUCGCUCCACCCACUCCGACGUUCCGCGGAAUGUUAGAUAUAUUGUUAUGGGGCCAGUAGAAGAAGGUUAGAUGUGUUGUGGAUAUAGUGGGAGAGUUUAGAUAUGUUGUUAUAGAUAUUCUGGAGUGAGGUUAGAUGUGGUGUUAUGAGAUAUAUAUUUUUGAAAGUCUCACCACUGUUAUACAGAGAUUGCUAAAUGUAUGGUGAAAGCUCACUAUGUGCACAUGAGAGAUGCUGGAUACAUUGUUAUAGACACAGCCUAUAAAGGACGCUAUUAUAGAGGGAUGAUUCAUUUUUAGAGAAGGUAUGUUGCAUUGUUUUAGAUACAGUGCAGGUUUGCUACUGUGUUAGUAAAGAGAGUUUGGACAUGUGAUGAGAAGGUUGUGUACAGUGUUACUGACACAGUGGAGAGCGCAAGUCUGCAUGCUGGGUGGGAGUUGCAUUCACUGCUAUAGGUAAAUAGGGCGCCCACUGUUUGUAUUCGGAAAGUUGGUACUUUGCUGCAGAUACAGUGGAAAUUUCUUCACCUGCUUGAAGAAUGCAGGACACAUUUCUAAAGUCAUUGAUGAUCCACACGGACCACGUUCUAGGCUUAUGCUUGCUAAAGACUAAAUGCACUGUGUAGCAGAAGAUGGAGGCUAAGGAUUUGUUCUAGAGCUAGAAUACACGUUUGUGAGUAGGCUUGAAAGUGUUGGUGUGCCAUAGAUCCUCUUUAAAGGUCAUGUGGCCCCAAAGUGCACGAUGUGAAGAAGUCUUGGAAUAAAUGUCUUUGAAUUGUGUGACGCAGCCAGUAAACCAUUCUUGUGGAACAAGCAGUAUUCAAGAGAUUAGAACAAAGGGCAGCAAUCAGUGACAUUAGUCUUACGGAGUAAUAGACCCAAUUUGGUGUUUUUAGUUCACUGAAACACAGGAGGCUGUGCAUAUUUCGCAAAAAAACCCCAAAAUGGACAGUCCGGUCUGGGUCCAGUGGCCGCAGGUGUAGGGGACACGAUGUGUACUUACCUCAGGCUGUCCCUUUCAGUAGCCGCCAUCUGGUCCUCUUUGGCUCCUGGCGCUUUAGUUGCCAGGAGCCAUGUCCGUGCUGCACUCUCGCGCAUGCACAGGAGUAGAACACUGAGGUCCUCUAUAGACAAAUCAUCUAUAGACAAAACUUGAAUCCCACAGGCGUCAUUUGUGACGGCUGCUAGGAUUUGACAACGUAGUCCCUACUUUGUCUUGUGAUAUCUUUGGAGUGCUUUGCAAUUUCCAUGAAAUUCCAACGCAGUCUUAAUCAGUAUUUCAUUAGGAUCGUAUUGAUCCACUUUAUGUAUUGUUUAUCAAAUGCACACAUAUUUAUUGGGCCAUUCUUUGUUUUUCUGUCUUCACCUUACCAAAUUUACUUUGGUAUUGCAUUAUAAUUAAAGGACCACUAUAGGCACCCAGACCACUUCAGCUUAGUGGUCUGUGUGCCAGGUCCUUCUAGGGUUAACCCAUUUUUUCAUAAACAUAGCAGUUUCAGAGAAACUGCUAUGUUUAUGAAUGGGUUAAGCCUUCCCCCUAAUCCUCUAGUGGCUGUCUCAUUGACAGCCACUAGAGGCGCUUGCGUGCUUCUCACUGUGAUUUUCACAGUGAGAGCACGCCAGCGUCCAUAGGAAAGCAUUAUGAAUGCUUUCCUAUGUGACCGGCUGAAUGCGCGCGCAGCUCUUGCCGCGCGUGCGCAUUCAGCCCAGGAGGAGGAUCGGAGGAGGAGAGCUCCCCGCCCAGCGCUGGAAAAAGGUAAGUUUUAACCCCUUUCCCCCUUCCAGAGCCGGGCGGGAGGGGGACCCUGAGGGUGGGGGCACCCUCAGGGCACUAUAGUGCCAGGAAAACGAGUAUGUUUUCCUGGCACUAUAGUGGUCCUUUAACACCUACUGCUCAUUUACUUCCCAAAUAAAUGACUUAUAGGGACACUAUAUUUACCAGAACAACAACAGCUUAUUGUAGUUGCUCUGGAGUGUAUAAUCAUUCCCUGCAGAUUUUUGUUAUAAACAGUGCCUUUUUCAGAGAGAAGGCAGUGUUUACAUUACAGCCUAGGGACACCUCCAGUGAUCACUCAUGGCCACACAGAUGGCCACUGGUGGUGCUUCCUGGCACAGUGUGCAGCACAGCCGUUCAUGAAGACUCUGAACUUUCCCCAUAGAGAUGCAUUGAUUUAAUGCAUCUCUAUGAGGAGAUGCUGAUUGGCCAAGCCGGCGUUUGGCCUCACCCGUGCUCUGCCUCCUUGCUGAUCUCAGCCACUCCAAUUUUUUUUUUCUUAUUGGAAAACAAUGGGUUGGCUGAGAUCAUCAGUUCUGAUGAUGUCAUCCAAGGAGGCGGAUCGGGUUCAGGGCCAGUGCCGGCAGGCCAGCUCGGAGCUUGAAAUAAGGUACGUUUUCUAACCUCUUAGGGGGGCAAGCCACCUAAAUGGUGAUUUUAACACUAUAGAGUCAGGAAUACACUUUGUAAUUCUGACCCUAAAGUGUUCCUUUAAAUGUGUAGUCACUUUUGCAAAGUUAAAGGAAAAUGGAGGAUUGGAUUUGUGUUAGAAGUUGGAAACAUACCUUAUUUAAAGAUCCAUGGACAUGUGGUUUAGUUUUGACACAGACAACUUAUUUCAGAAAUGAUUAAACCUUAGGACUUGGGAUUUGCUUUUGGGUACAGGAAGAGAAUUGUUUAUGGCUGGGACAACAUUGUGAUUUCAACAAGGUUAUUCAAUAAAGUCAGAAUGUAAUUUAGCUGCACAACACAAACAAUAUGAGACAAUCUAGGGGCAUUCAAAGGCAGAAAUCCAGAUUUUUAUCAAUCACUAAAUCUAGCAACCUAGUUUCCGCAUUUACAUGAAUUUACACUGUAGCCAUUUCAGAUUCCACUGGAAGUAAAUAAUGGAACUGCGACUAUAGAGAUUUAUUUUUUCAGAAUUUUCUGGUAAUCUAGUGCAAAUAAAGUUAAAUAAAGGCUAUCAUAAAACAAAAAUGAUAAACAUCUUCCAUUUUAUAGGCAGGUGCCCGAAUUUUAAUUGUAUUCUGUUAAAAGCCAAGAAAGUUGUAUGGCAUUGAUGAAUCAUUUUUGAGAUAAUCUACUAGUACAAAGUAAUGGUUGCACCGGAACGCUAACUACAAUCGGCUUUUGGUUGUGACCUUUUAGCCUGUCGGUAACAGUCCCUACUGGUGCCACUUGGCUUGCUGGAGUUCUCAGGAUUCACACACAGGUCAAGGCAUUGACCUCUGAUCAAUAAGAGAUUAUAGGAGAAAGUAUUAAUGAUAAUUUAUCAUGACUCCAUGCUGCUUUACCGACAAGAGGAAACUCGUUUUCAAAGGAUCUCCAUCAGAUAAAUGUACAAAACCUACUAUUCUAUCUAAAAUGAGACAGCUGGUUUCACGCACACUUUUGUUUUACAAUUUAUGUUCUUGUCCUCUUAUUAUUAUUAAUAUUAUCUGCAUUUAUAUAGUACCAACAUUCUGUUUUUCCUCAAUUUGGGUAAAUUCCAUUGAAAUUGGUAACGAUAAAUGGUUAAGCUCUGUAGGAAGAUGCUAUCAGCCCAAAUUUGUUGUUAAACCACCUAAUCUUCACUGGAGUUGCCUUUAAUAAACAGCAGAAUCACACAUUUAGGAAAAAUCCGCAGAUUUCUGCUGAUUUUUGCUAAUCUGGAAUUUAUUGGAAUUCUAGCGAAAAGCCAGGUCAGUCCGCUCUGCACGGGAUCACCUACCUCUAGUGAGCAGAUGGGGUGCUGAGUUAGCAGGACAGAACUCGGUUUGGUUGGAGGGUGACAGACUGUUAGAGAUAAGAUAAAGCAGAUAUUUAUAGUUAGAGACAGGGUGAAUGGCUGGGGAUUCGUAAAACAAUGACAGAUUCAUUGUUAAAAGAAGACAAAAGAUGGAGAUUUCACAGGUCAAUAAACCCACUCUGUAUCAUUGUGAUAAUUAACAAAAAAGCUCUUUUGUGUUUAUCACACUGAACAUUAAACUAUGGGCUUUCUGUAUGGUGUGUAUCACAGUCCUAAAUAUCUCAUUUGUAAUGUACAAAGCAACCAAGGAACACAGCUUUUAAGUACAAUAAAGGAUGUUAGAAUACUUUCAAAUAACAUAAGACUGCUCCUUUGAGUGACAUUCUAUUGUAAUACAAGAGAUUGCCCACUAGUAAGAGAGACUGUUCUCUCCAGUAAUACAGAUGAUGCUCAAUGGGAAACUGCCCUCAAUUAGUAACUACAUUCUGAUGAAAGAGACGGUCACACAAUGGGUUUAAAUAUCUUCCAAUGAUAGACUGUCCUAUGGUGUAAGAGAUUAUCCUUAAAUUAGUUAGACUUUACUGCAUUGAAAGAGACAGCCUCUAACAGACUGCACCUAAUUUUCAAGGGCCCUGCUGUUCAAAAAUGACUGCAGUGAUUUUGUAUUCAAAUGAGUGAUACUACAGUCCAAAAAUAAAUUGCCCUCUAAUCGUUUAGACAGUGCUUCAAUGGUGAGACUGCCCUUUAGUGGAUAAGGCUUUUCAUCCAAUGCUGGCUUUAGAUCUUAAAUGGUAGAGACAUAGCUUCAAUGGGUGAUAUUGCAAUUCAACGAGUGAGACUCCCCUUAAAUGGAAGAGUGACCAUCCAAAUGGAGAAACUACUCUUUAAAUGGAGAGACGCCCUCCCAUAAGACUACCCGUCAAUGGGAGGGACUGCCCUCCAGUAAUGGAAUCUCUUUUCCAUUGAGACUUGAUUAUAGUAGAGAGACAACAUUCUAAAAGAGAUACAUGUAGUUUAAUAAGUGCAACUGCACGUCUGUGAGACAGGCUGCGCUCUAAUAGGACACUGGUUCAGGUGAGAAAGAUUUUAUUGUUAAACUGUAGAUACUGUAACUGCAUCAUCUAGUUAAAGUGGUUAUAGUGUCUGGCUCCAAUAGGUACCAUCCUUCCAUUCAGGUUUACAAACUGUUUGUAAUGUUUUAAUGCUAAAUGAGAGUCCCAGCAGCCUAUACCCUCUGUGUUACUUGGGCUAAUGAGGAAGCAUCAGUCUGAGCAGCAAUUAGAGAUAGUGAUGGGCUGAUAGUGUCAGCUGACCUGUUUCAGCCUAUGACAGUGCCCACUGCAGGUAUGAAUCGGUAUGGCUAGAGAAAGUAUGUAAUCUCUGCCUUAGCCAUACCUCUAAUGGGGGCUGAGCUGUGGGUGGCAUGGGACCCUUAUUUAAAACUGCUCAAAAUGGUUUAAUACUGAAUGGAGGGACGAUGCCAGGGGACUCAAGGCACUAUAAUCACUUCAAUGAGAGGAAAUGGAUAUAGUGCCUACAGUGUCCAUUUAAAGGACCACUACAGUGCCAGGAAAACAUACUUGUUUUCCUGGCACUAUAGUGCCCUGAGGGUGCCCCCACCCUAAGGGUCCCCCUCCCGCCGGGAUGGAUGGAGAGUAAGGGGUUAAACUUACCUCUUUCUCCAGCGCCGGUGGGGAGCUCUCCUCCUCCUCUCCUCCCUCUUCUCCUCCUCUUCGGCUGAAUGCGCAUGCGCGGCAGGAGCUGCGCGCACAUUCAGCCAUUCCAUAGGAAAGCAUUCACAAUGCUUUCCUAUGGACGCUGGCGUCUUCUCACUGUAGAAAAAAGGGUUAACCCUAGAUGGACCAGGCACCCAGACCACCUCAUUAAGCUGAAGUGGUCUGGGUGCCUAUAGUGGUCCUUUAAGGCAUCCAUUAUUCAGAGGGUUAAACACAGAAAUGUAUUUACUAACUUGAGAUUGUAAAUAAAUGGCAAGGAAAUUGCACUUACUAAGCCAAAAUAGCUAAACUGCAAAAGAUCUCUAACUGAGCAAUUUAUGAAGCUCAGAUAUUUUUUCUUAAAAAUCAGAUUGUCUUGUCAAUUUUGUAAUAUUCCCGGUAUAGUGAAUAUAUCCCAUAGUGACUUACAGUCUCCGCUCUUUGAGCAGAUGGGAUGCUGAGCCUUGUCCUCCUUUCUCUCUAUGAGCAGCUCAUCUAGUUCUCCAUCAAGGCCGCGCUGCAGCGGAUACAAUGCAUUCCUAUUCUGGCGAACAAAAGCUGCCAGGAAGAGUGUAAUGUCUGGGUAAGGAGCCACGUGUUGCUACCCCCCUGUUUGCCUCCGCCAUACACCUUGUACCCAGAAUGCAUUAUUUUAAAACAAGGUCGGAGCUUUAUCUGCCCAUCUCAGAUUGUGAAAGCUUAAAACAGACAAAAUGAAGACAACAAGAGAUAUCAAGAAGCACAAAUGGCCACUAUAGGCACCCAGGCCAUUUUAUCUCAAUGCUGUAUCUAUCACGAGGCUAACAAGGCAUUUGCCCUGGGCGGCACUUUCCAGAGGGACGGCAAAAAAAACUGCACUCCAAUGCCCGCUUGGAUGCCCUCCCCUUCCAACUUUAACAAAUGCAUUGUUAGCCUUGUGUCAUGGAGGGCCAAGUGCUGGCCGUCAGGCCAUCUUAGCACCUCCCCGAAGGAGGGUGGCUGUGCAGAAUGGAGGUGGCCGCGAGGGAACAGUCUUCUUGCUCUUCUCCCCCGUUCGCCCUGUUAUGUUGCCAGUUGGUCAUGGUGGUUGGAGUAACCCUUUAAGACUGUGGGGGAGGCUGUGUUAGAUCUCAUAUAUCAGGAGUGGAGGCUGCAAGGGCUAUCAAGUAGAAGGAAUGGAGGCUGUGAGAGGGACCAAGAAUCAGGAAUAAAGGCUGUGAGGGAGAUCAAGAAUCAGGAAUGAUGGAUGUGAUGGGUAUCAGAAAUGGAUGUUGUGGCAGGUCAAAAUAAUUAAUUUAAAUAAUAAUAAGCAAUCAUAAGAGGCUAAACAAAGUACCUGUGAGGCAGGAAUAGAGAUUGGGUGAGUCUGGACUCUGAAAAUAUAAUGCAUACGUAUAUAAAGUUACAUGAAUGAAGAAGGCUUUGUAAAGCAGGACUGUUAAUAAUGAUGCAGGAAUGAAGGCUGUGUGAAGCAGGGCUGUAUAAACUAUGUGUAUGAGAGAAGGUUGCAUAUAAAUGUGCAUGAAUGAGGCCAUGUAUGAAUGUGAAGGGAAGAAGGCUGGAUGAAGAUGCACUGCAGAAGGAAUGAAUCAUGCAUGAAAGGCUGUACAAAUACAUAUGAGCAGAACAGAAUUGUGUGUAAAGCAGGUCUGCAUAUAAAAGUGCAAGAAUGUAUUCUGUGUGAAGCAGGGCUGUAUAUAAAGGUGCAUGAAUGAAUCAGGUGUGAAGCAUGGCUGUAUAUAAAAGUGCAGGAAUGUAUUAUGAACGAAGCAAGGCUGUAUAUAAAUGUGCAGGAGUGUAUUCUGUGUGAAGCAUGGUUGUAUAUAAAGGUGCAGGAAUGAAUGCUGUGUAAGGCAGGGUUGUAUAUAAAGGUGCAGUAAUGUAUUAUAGGUGAAUCAGGGCUGUAUAUAAAAGUGCAGGAAUGAAUUCUGAGUGAAGGAAGGCUGUAUAUAAAUGCAUAGGAAUUAAUUCUGUGUAAAGCAGGGCUGUAUAUAAAGGUGCAGGAAUUAAUUCUGUGUAAAGCAGGGCUGUAUAUAAAUGAGCAGGAAUUAAUUCUGUGUGAAGGAAGGCUGUAUAUAAAUGUGUAGGAAUUAAUUCUGUGUAAAGCAGGGCUGUAUAUAAAUGAGCAGGAAUUAAUUCUGUGUGAAGGAAGGCUGUAUAUAAAUGAGCAGGAAUUAAUUCUGUGUGAAGGAAGGCUGUAUAUAAAGGUGCAGGAAUUAAUUCUGUGUAAAGCAGGGCUGUAUAUAAAGGAGCAGGAAUUAAUUCUGUGUAAAGCAGGGCUGUAUAUAAAUGAGCAGGAAUUAAUUCUGUGUGAAGGAAGGCUGUAUAUAAAGGUGCAGGAAUGAAUUCUGUGUGAAGGAAGGCUGUAUAUAAAGUUUCAGAUAUGAUGCAUGAAUGAGGAAGGACUGUAAAUGUUUACUUUGAGCAUCUGAUAGCUUUUACUCCCCUGGCCUUGGGGUUGUAAUUAAAUAAUGAAGACCUGACGACACCUAACAGCCAUUCAUAGCCCAGACAAUCAGAAUAUUAAUGGGAAGCCACGACGCACUGCAGAUAAACUGUAAAAAGCCGGAAUAUAAUAUAUUUUAUUGUUAGUACUUAUUAGCGGUGGUAACACUCUGAGGACUAUCACUAGGCUGCAGAGAGUGAAAAUGACAUUUUAGGACAAAAUAAAUAAUUGUGAGUUGGAAAGUCCUUUAUUUUCGAUCCUUUUACAAAUAUGUUGCAUUAAAUUAUCUAUGUAUUUAUUUAUCUAGCCUAUAAAUAGCACAGGAUCUGCUCCAAUAGAAGAGGAAUAUGUAAGAAAUGAAAGGAUAUUAAUGAAAAAGACUGAAAUGAGAGGUUAAUAUAAUGUUAGACGGUCACGUCCAAUAAGUUUUCAAUUUCAAUGAUUAAGUGCACAGGGUUCCAGCGCUAUGCACCCAGCUCCAGUGAUCACCAACCUCCUAUACAUGUCUUCUUCUGUCUCUGGAUCCAAAUACAUACUCCCAAGUGUCCCUUUUUAAGAGGGACAGUCCCUAUUUUAGGCACAAAAAUUUAUUUUCUCUCCUAAUAUCCCUCCUUUCUAGGAGCUCCAUAUUGUUGGUGUGUCUGAGUGUAUAACAGAGCUCCACAGCAAUAAUACUCCCAGUAAUGUGUCUGAGUGUAUAACAGAGCUCCACAGCAAUAAUACUCCCAGUAAUGUGUCUGAGUGUAUAACAGAGCUCCACAGCAAUAAUACUCCCCGUAAUGUGUCUGAGUGUGUAACAGAGCUCCACAGGAAUAAUACUCCCAGUAAUGUGUCUGAGUGUAUAACAGAGCUCCACAGCAAUAAUACUCCCAGUAAUGUGUCUGAGUGUAUAACAGAGCUCCACAGCAAUAAUACUCCCAGUAAUGUGUCUGAGUGUAUAACAGAGCUCCACAGCAAUAAUACUCCCAGUAAUGUGUCUGAGUGUAUAACAGAGCUCCACAGCAAUAAUACUCCCAGUAAUGUGUCUGAGUGCAUAACAGAGCUCCACAGCAAUAAUACUCCCAGUAAUGUGUCUGAGUGUAUAACAGAGCUCCACAGCAAUAAUACUCCCAGUAAUGUGUCUGAGUGUAUAACAGAGCUCCACAGCAAUAAUACUCCCAGUAAUGUGUCUGAGUGUAUAACAGAGCUCCACAGCAAUAAUACUCCCAGUAAUGUGUCUGAGUGUAUAACAGAGCUCCACAGCAAUAAUACUCCCAGUAAUGUGUCUGAGUGUAUAACAGAGCUCCACAGCAAUAAUACUCCCAGUAAUGUGUCUGAGUGUAUAACAGAGCUCCACAGCAAUAAUACUCCCAGUAAUGUGUCUGAGUGUAUAACAGAGCUCACAGCAAUAAUACUCCCAGUAAUGUGUCUGAGUGUAUAACAGAGCUCCACAGCAAUAAUACUCCCAGUAAUGUGUCUGAGUGUAUAACAGAGCUCCACAGCAAUAAUACUCCCAGUAAUGUGUCUGAGUGUAUAACAGAGCUCCACAGCAAUAAUACUCCCAGUAAUGUGUCUGAGUGUAUAACAGAGCUCCACAGCAAUAAUACUCCCAGUAAUGUGUCUGAGUGUAUAACAGAGCUCCACAGCAAUAAUACUCCCAGUAAUGUGUCUGAGUGUAUAACAGAGCUCCACAGCAAUAAUACUCCCAGUAAUGUGUCUGAGUGUAUAAUAGAGCUCCACAGCAAUAAUACUCCCAGUAAUGUGUCUGACUGUAUGACAGAGCUCCACAGCAAUAAUACUCCCAGUAAUGUGUCUGAGUGCAUAACAGAGCUCCACGGCAAUAAUACUCCCAGUAAUGUGGCUAUAAACUAGAAUAAAUGUGUUUAGAAAUCAGUCUGUGUAAAUUAAAUACAGAGUCUUUAUUUCUUGUUUUUGAUUUUCAGGAGCAUAAAUGAUUAUUAGUAGGCCAUCUAAAGUGCCCUAGAAUAGCCCAAUCCAUGACCACACUUGCAUCUACACCAUCCCCUCAAAACAUCCCCUCCACCAGCCCCAGAUUCAGCUGGUAAAACCAAAUAUGCGCCUACAGUUCUGCUAUCAAAGGUCUGGUAUCCUGCUUCUGCUGGCACUGGGUAAAUGUACCCAGAAACAGUUUGGGAGGGCAAACAUUUAUUUAACACCCUUUUAUAAGGGACAUUAUUUGUAUUACUUGUGACAGAGCGAUACCUACUUAAAUAUUGACUGAACUUAGGCACAGUCUCAGUUUAAGGAACAGUUCCAAAGUGAUUCAAGGUAUCUCCUGGUCAGACUCUCGAUGUGUAAAACGAGUCCAAGCGAUCCACAGAGUUCCUCAAGUCCGGCUGGGAAGCACAGUAAGCAUCCAGGGCCCAUAUACCCCUCCCACAGUGACAAUAGCCCCUUUUAAGGGCUCUUGUGACCAGUCCCAUAGUCUGUGGGCAGGUGACUGGCCUUCAAGCCUCUCCAAUAGUCCAUGGCAUGGGAGCUUCCGACACAUUACUAAACUGUAACUGUACUUCAUUUCUUUUUAAUUCACCUUCUAAAACUCUGUAAAAAAUUACAAAACUAAAGAUCGUGGCAGAAAAUGCCAGCUGUAUGCAAUUUUAUGAUCUAGAAUAGAUCAUAUCUUAUGUGAAUGUAUGGUGCUGUUGACAACCUUAGGUGACAAGAGGCAUCAUUAAACCCAAACAACUCGUAGCUUAUGGCAGCAUGCUGUGGUGGAUGGCUAGUGAACGGCUGUGGUGGACACAAUAAGGUAUAUUACGUUUUUGCCGGGAGCCAGUAAUUUCUUGAAUUGUGCAAAUCAGCUUCCCAAUUGGCUAAAACAGUUUAUAAGAAGAUAUUAAGUGAUCUAUUAAUACAGAAACUGUAUCCCACUCAGCUCUAUCUUGCUCGAAAUUUUUAUUCGCUGUAAAGUCUGUGUUUAGUGAAUAAACCCCAAAUGAAUGUGAAUUAUUUUCUGAUUAUUCCAGUUACUGUAUCAGGUUUCACACAGGGUAGUCUCAAGUAUGCUCUCUCAACCAAUAAAAAUUCACCUGACUUAGAGAAUUUAUCCUGUUGAGCUCUUUUGACCCUAAAUUUGAAAUUCACUUGGAAUUCUUACUGUAGUAAAUUAUCCUGAAGGAGUUCUAGUGAAUUAGCUGUUUAUUAGUAACAGAUUACUGGAGGAUAAUGUUUAGAGGCAAAGAAAAAAAAAGCUAAGUGAUAAAAGUAAUAUAGUUUUGGCCUGGAAGAGUAGCUAUCCUUAAAGGAACACUCCGCUGCCCAAAUACAAUAGAAUAUUUUUAAAAACACUAUUUCGUAGUUAUACCCUCAAUGAAAACAUUUAUGCAUUUAAUUAUGUGUUUGUAUUGGGUGUAUAUCUAAAAACAGCUUGCACAAGCUGCAGAUCUCAUGUCUGCAGUAUUUAUAAGCCAUCCCCUUCUAACCCCACCCAGACUUUCAGUGGCUGUCCAAUCACAGACUUCCAACUUCAGCGAGCUAAACUGCAUAAGGUGUUCGAAGUGUUCCUUUAAUGUUAGGUAUCACUGAAUUAGUGUGCUGUUGAAUGCAUUGUAAGAUGCAUGACUUCUCCUGUAUCCUUGAACAUCACACCAUACGAAGACAUAAUGGGGAAGAUGUAAAUUUUUCUUUUCUAAAAAGUGGUCGAAAGUACUAAACGUGGGGCAAUCUGAAGUCUUGAUAAUUCAGAAUUUGCGAAUACAAAAUUCAAUAAGUUACAGCAGAGACAACAGGUGGCUUAGCGAUGACACCUACUGGCCAGAAAUGAAUAUAGCUGGUCUGUCACACUCUAAGCCACCCAGAUGUGUCUCUCGAAGAUGAAUGAGGAACUUCUCUAAAUGUGCAUCAACAAUUCAAAGGCUUUCGUAAAUAUGAGUGCAUAGUAUGUGAGUGUCUUAUAAAACAAGUUAAUUCAAGGGGAAUUGCACUUAGAAAAGCAUGUAUUGAGUAAAAAACAAAAACUAAAAACUAAAACAGAGUAGAGUAAUUCUGGUCUAAACACCUUUCAGAAGAUAUGUUAAACAGGUUUUCCUACUUUAAGCACCACUUCAGGCACCAUAACAACUUCACUUCAUUUCACUUCAUUUGUGGUUAUAUCUAGUAAACAGUGAUUUUUAUUUGUUUUGUACUUGGGCAGUGAAGUGUCAAUUUAAACAUGCACCUGUCAUUCAAUAUACAGAGACCACUGAGGGAGGAGGAGAAACCGACACAAUUGGAGAGAUAUAUCACAGUUUCGUGCUCUAAAAAAUUGUGUGAAUUUCUAAAAGUGUUGCAGUCACCAUGAAAACCAAUAGACUCAACAGGCACAUUCCACUGGUGACGUCACUCUUACAAUUCACAACUAUGGAACACUUUCUGUUCCUCCUCAUUUGCAUUGUGUGCCAUGCUGUGCCGGGACUGAACUGGAUUGUGAUGUCAUUUUGCUAAAUCUUUAAUAUAAAUUAAAAAGAAAUCUGAGUGUUGGAUGAAAAAGAUUUAAACACGUUAUAGAUGAUUUUCAAUGUUUUACACAGUGGUGGAGAAGUGACAGUUCCCCUUUAAUUGUCAGGUAAAGCAGAUGUAAUACAUACCAUUAAAUCUCUCUGUCUCUACCGCUUUUUCACUACAGGAUGGGUGCAUUGGUACUGCUGGUGUUGCUGACACUCUCUGCUCCGCGUAUCACCUCUGCCGACUGUGUGUCCUGGUGCUUCUCCUGUGACCUUGACUUCAGGGGUCAAAACACAAAAUUUGACCCAUUGGUUAGUAACAACACAGAAAAAAAUAUAAAAAUAAAAAUAAAAAACACAUUGGGAUGGGUGAGAGAACACGGCAGUUUACUGGUUGGAUUUAAAGGGAUUUAUAAUUUGGAUAAAGGAUAAAACACAGGAGAUAAAACGUGAAAGAGACAUGGAAACCCAUUGGUACAUUGGAUGUGAAUUGGAAAUUAGUGGGGUUACAGAGUAAACAUUAAAUAUCUGCUGGGAUACUGUGUUUACAAGGGCUAUUUGAGGACUUUAGGUGUGAUGUAGGAUCUGCAGCAGAACUGUUGGACACUGUGUAUAAGAUAGGAGCUGCUUGGCACAAAGUAUAGAUAGUGGCUUUUUGACACCAGAUUUGUAACAGUUGCCAUCUUACACCUCGUGGCAUGCAGCUAGUCUUACAUUUAGUGACCCGACCAUCUCACAGUCAGAGCAGCUAUUAUUCACCAGAAUCUCUGCAUCUCUGCAUUCUUACAGCUAUUGUCCUGCUGCUCCCAUCAAACGUUCCAUUACUUUUAAAGUCCAUUUUCCUAACUCACCAAUCAGGAUCUGCUACAGGAAAGGCAAGUACUCUGUCACGAGUACCCACUUAUCUUGUGCCUGACGUUUAAAGCCAGAGUUAGAGAGGUACGGUUACCAGAAGAUGCCCUCAGCGUGGUGACGUGGGCCUGUCCCUUCCUUCAAUUUAAAAGUAUUAGUGAUUUAAGACAGAUCGAUCAAUUAAGCACGCAUAUCCACUAAAGUUAGGUAAUACCAUACUACAGAACCUUUGGAUCAUAAACACUUACUGAGUUAUUUACAAGUGAGAAUUUGAAGUGUAUUUUAGUUUUCAAGUCAAAACUGAUUCCAUAGCUUAAAUCUGAAAUUGAUUUAAUUUUUGAGUGUUAAGAAUUUAUUUAUUAAUAUCUGACAAAGGUAGAUCUAAGUAACUACAGGAUCUUUUUUUGUCUAACUAUUUAUUUUAAAGGGUUUCUAUAACCAUAUUGAGAGGGGGAACCUUAAUGGCAUUAUAUGCUCUAGCAGGCACUAUGGGGACAGUACCCCCUCUCAAUUCUCAGUAAAACCUGCAAAAAAAAGGUUUAACUUACCUUAAAUCCUCUCCUGACGCUACUUUUCCGCGUCCACACCGACGUCACUGUGUCGAAGGGAGUUAAGAGGUAGGGAUGGUUUUUAAAAAACAAAAACAAUGUUGCACGGAGUGAGGCGAGAGGGAGCACAGAGUGGAAGGGAGGGUGGGAGGUGCCAGCUGUGCCAGCAAGGGGAAUAUUGUAACGUCUGUUGUCAACGCGCUGUGCUCGCUGACAACAGACAUAAUUUAUGCACAGAAUUGAGAUUAGGCAGCCCGGAACAGAGUUACAACUUGCCUGGCAUCUCUGGAUGUGCAGUGUUUCAAGAUAACCACUCUAAUCUCUUAAGUGUUCAUGGUGGUUGGAGUAACCCUUUAAAGUUUUAAAACAUUUCAUAACCAAAAAGAAAAUAUGUUACAGAAACAUUUAUAACAUCCAUCCAGAGUAGGUCUAAAGUAUAGGAAGGCAUUGUAAGAGAUCGCCAAUAACCUGCGGAUUAAUAAUUGUCCAUAAUUGUCAGGGCUGUAUACAAUUAAGGUGGUAUUUACAGGAUCUCACACAUAUUCUUUGGAGACUCCAGUAUCCAUUUUAAUGGCUUUUGCCUAAAUGUUUUAUACAUGUUCCUCAAUCUCAUGUAGAUUUAUUUUUCCAUAGAUUUGCUCCUUGCAGUGUGAGGGAACUUUGCUUUCCACCGCAGAAUGGGAUAGAUGUGGGACCUUUUUAGCUCUUCGAGGAAGUCUUGUUGGAGAAGCCAAACGAGAGCAGGAGCUUGUACCCAUCACCGAAAACCAGCAUGAAAUUCUGGCAAAACGAUACGGAGGGUUCUUGAAGAAGCCAGACAAAAGCAAAAUCUUCUUUAGCUCUCCACAAAGGGAAAAUGGAAACUUAAAGGGUGAGGUCAACAACAAAUAUAGUGGCCCCUACCGUAAAUUUGGAGAACGAGAUCUUGUGGAACAACGUGAUGACCCAGAACAAGAGACUGAAUCCCAAAGCAAAGAAGAGUCCAACGAGCAAAGUCAGGCAUGGGAAACGAGGGGGGAGAAACGUUAUGGGGGCUUCCUACGCAAAUACCCAAAGAGGAGUAAAGAAAAUGUUCAGGGUGUUGAACUUGAGAGGGAUUUGGGUGCAGAGAAGAGGGUGGUGCUGGAGGAAGGGCCAGAGCAGGGGCUAGAGUCGGAAAAGGAAGGUGAGACAGAACAUGGAAUCACAGACCCUCAGAAACGUUAUGGGGGUUUCAUGCGUAGGAUUCGCCCAAAACUAAAGUGGGACAAUCAAAAGCGAUACGGAGGAUUCCUCCGACGCCAAUUUAAGGUCAGUGUUAGGUCAGGAGAGGAACCCAGCAUAUUUUCAGGGGAAGUGUCUGACCUAUAAAAGAGGAUAGUCCCAGCAGGGAGUGAGGGGAAGAGGGCAGUGGCUGUUUAAUUCUAAAACCGCUACACAUACCAUCAGACCAUGGUGGGCAUUCCAAUCCAAACAUUUCAAUACCAGCUUAGCACGAGAGGUGAGAUCCAACUAUCGGAUCUCUGACUCUGGCUGGAGAGCAAUCCAAUAACAUCACCGAUGUAUAUAGUUCCAGAACUGAUAAGCAAACUCCCAAUAUGUGUCAGAAUUAGACAAGGAUUAGGUAUCUAACACAUAUUUUUAAGUCACCUUCUCAAGAAAAACUAGGGGACCCACCUAUGUCAUGCUUCCAUUUGAAGGAUGGACGAUUGACUCAAACCCAAGAACUGGUUUCCCUAAAAUUCCCCAGCUCACUUGUUUCUCAUUACUCUCCCCCUCACUCCCACUAGCACCCCCCUCACCAUCACGUAGGAUUGCCAGGUCAUCAUGCUCCCCUGGAUGUCUCUCAUUAAUUCAUGAUGUUGGGCAGUACUUCAAAACUGCUCAAAUAGAGUGGGGAGAAUUCAUAUCUUGCAGGGGAAAUCAGUUAAUAAGAAUGGAUCCCAAAGGAGAUGCUUUAAUAAUAAUCUGAUUUCUCCCUGCAGCACAUGAAUUAAUAUGAAUAAGUGGUAUAUGUCCAGAAAACCCAGUCCUCGUUCCAUUCUCCUCUGACAGAGUCGUACAGCUGCCAUUGCGUAACUGCUAUAUAAUCACAAGACACCCUGAACUUCAUACUAUUAUUUGAAAUGACGCAAAGAACCUUCAUUAUUUUGUAUGGGUCAGAAUGAACAAUAUAGCGAAUUUCUGUAAAAAAAAAACAACCAAAACAUACACUGAGAACAAAUCACAUAUAUUCACACUACUAUCCCUGGAUCUAACUGCUUGCUGUUAAAUAUGUGAAGAUACUGAUUCCUGCU